AGGGUUGUUACCAGGCAGACGGCAUUUCCAACAUGGCUGCGCCGAGCAACGCAGAGCAAACGCAGUUGCAAGAUAUGGAGGAGGAAGACGCGGGGACAGAAGAGAGGGAGAUGGAAUCGGACGAAGAGGAGGAGGUCGGCAUGGGAGUGGAAAACUCAGACGACGACGACGACGACGACGAGGAGGACGAUACGUCGGAGGACGAGAGGGAAAAUGAAGCCGAAAUCCAGCGGCUGGAGGAGCAGCUGUCAAUCAAUGCAUUCGACUACAACUGUCACGUGGACCUCAUCAAACUGCUCAAACACGAGGGAGAACUUUUGCGCCUGCGAAAGGCGCGGCAGAAGAUGAGUGAACUCUUCCCUCUCACUGAAGAGAUCUGGCUGGAUUGGCUGAAGGAUGAAAUCCGCCUAAGUGAGGACGAGCCAAAUCGGGAGAAAGUCUAUGAGCUGUUUGAGAGAGCUACAAAAGACUAUAUUUGUCCAGAUAUCUGGCUUGAAUACGCUCAGUAUUCAAUAGGUGGCAUGGGCUCACCAGGUGGAAUAGACAAAGUGAGAGCCAUCUUUGAGAGAGCAAUGACAGCUGUGGGGCUUCAUAUGACCAAGGGCCAGACGGUGUGGGAAGCAUAUCGCGAGUUUGAGAAUGCCAUUUUGUCAACAGUCCAACCUCCUCCUGGCAGGAUUCCCAGCCGUGAAGAGCAGGAGCUGCUGAACACUCAGCUCCAGAGAAUCCAUACACUGUUUCGCCGCCAGCUGGCUGUUCCCUUAAUGGAUAUGGAAGCAACGUAUGCAGAAUAUGAAGAGUGGUCUGAACAGGGAGUGCCUGAGACAGUCGCACAUCAGUACAAAAAGGCUCUGCAGCAGAUGGAAGCACGCAAAUCUUCAGAAGAAUCACUGCUGGUAGCAGAACCUCCCAAGCUAUCAGAAUAUCAGGCCUACAUCGACUUUGAACUAAAGGAAGGUGACCCAGCACGGAUCCAGAUAACCUUUGAGCGGGCUCUGGCUGAGAACUGCUUGGUACCAGACAUGUGGGCAAAAUACACCAUUUAUCUUGAUCGUCAGCUGAAAGUCAAAGACAUGGUUCUCUCCACUCAUGAACGUGCUGUUAGGAAUUGUCCCUGGACCAUGGGCCUGUGGAAAAGCUACCUGCUCGCUCUAGAGAGACACGGAGCUGAUCAUCAGACUGUCUCAGAUGUGUUUGAGAAAGCGCUGAAUGCAGGUUUCAUUCAAGCCACGGAUUAUGUGGAAAUUUGGCAGGCAAAGCUGGACUACUUAAGGAGACGUGUUGAUUUCAGCAAAGAAUCAAGUAAAGAGUUGGAGGAACUACGUUCAGCCUUCUCCCGAUCUCUGGACUACAUGAAACAAGAUGUGGAGGAAAGAUUUGGUGAAAGCGGAGAUCCCUCCUGUAUCAUAAUGCAAAUAUGGGCAAGGAUAGAGGCACUCCACUGUAAGAACAUGCAAAAAGCCAGAGAACUCUGGGACAGUAUCAUGACCAAGGGGAACGCUAAGUACGCCAACAUGUGGCUGGAGUACUAUAACCUUGAGAGGUCUUAUGGGGACCCGGUUCACUGUCGGAAAGCUCUCCACAGAGCCGUUCAGUGCACCUCAGACUACCCAGAGCACGUGUGUGAAGUCCUGCUCACCUUUGAAAGGGUGGAAGGUUCUCUGGAAGACUGGGAUGUAGCAGUGCAAAAGACGGAGACCCGGCUCAACAGGAUUAAUGAGCAACGGACAAAAGCAGCUGAGAAAGAAGCCAAUCUGACCCGCCAAGAAGAGGAGAGAGCUGAGCAGCGGCGAAAGGGCAAGGCAGACAAGAAGGCUCAGAAAAAGGUCCAGAAAGGAAACCGAGUCGGGGAGAAGAGGAAAGCAGAACCGGAUGAUUAUCAGAACGAGUGGAACGAGGACUCGGGCCCUAAAAGGCACAAAGGAAAUGGUGACCAAAGCACAGAGGAGUACAUGGAGACAGAGACAGGACUCUUUGGGAAAAAGGCUCCUCCUGGUUUUAAGGCUGCUCUUCCUGGAAAUAAAAAAGUUCAGCCCGGAGCAGCACCAGCUGCCCAGAGGCACAAUGACGACAAGCCAGAACUCCGAAAUGACGACUGCAGUGUGUUCAUAAGCAACCUGACCUACACCCUGGAGGAGCCAGAGGCAAAGCUGAGAACGCUGUUUGAGACGUGUGGUCCAAUCAAACAGAUUCGCCCAGUUUUCAGUAACAAAGGGGGCUUCAAAGGCUACUGUUAUGUCCAGUUUGAAUCCUCUAUGUCGGUUCCUGAAGCUCUGAAGCUAGACAGACAGGAGGUGGAGGGGAGGCCCAUGUUUGUCUCCCCUUGCGUGGAUAAAAACAAAAAUCCUGACUUUAAGGUGUUUAAAUACAACACAUCAAUGGAGAAACACAAAGUCUUCAUUUCUGGGCUGCCGUUCUCAUGCACUAAAGAGCAGCUGGAGGAAAUCUGUAAAAGUCACGGCUCCAUCAGAGAAGUUCGUCUGGUCACGUAUCGCUCAGGAAAACCCAAGGGUUUGGCAUAUGUCGAGUUUGCAAAUGAAACAGAGGCGUCUCAGGCGGUUCUAAAAAUGGACGGUAUGGAAGUAGAGGGCAACAAAAUUUCAGUUGCUAUAAGUAACCCUCCCCGCAGAAACGUGAUGGAAAAGCCUGGUUCCAGUAGAUCAGACAUGAUGUCUCGCCAGAUCUAUGGAUCGAGAGGAAGAGGCCGAACGCAGCUGUCCUUACUCCCUCGUUCGUUACAAAGAAACAGUGCGCCGGUAAGCAAAGUAGAGAAUGGGACUGCAGCUGAGCGUGGACCAGCAGCAGCGGCCGCUUCAGUGAGCGGGGCUGGAGAGACGAAGCCUUUGUCCAAUUCAGACUUUGCCAGAAUGCUUCUAAACAAGUGAGAAGAUGCGCGAGAGAAUUAUGAAGCCUUCAACCUGAAAGCCAUCUUGUGUCCUUAAAAUUAAUGUUAGUGACAUUUCUGUAAUUGGUUAUCUGCCUUCCCUUUAAUCUUCGUCCUGUUCUCAUCCUCCCUUCUGCAAGAUUGCCUUAAUCAAGCUCCUGCCCUCCAUCAAAAGCCCUUUCAGUAGUGUGACAGAUUGACUUUGCUGAGUGUGUUUGAAUGUGGUCGGCAGGCAAUUUUAUAAAGUGUAUCAUUUGUGUAUAAAAUAUACUGUCUCUAAAAUUGUAUGGUUUAUGUUGCGAAGUGUCUUCUGUUGUGUAAUGUGAAAAGUAUUUGACAGAAAGACAUGGGAGAGUAUUUUUUUAAAUAUUCCUAGCAGCCAAACUUGUGAAUGUUGUUUUAAAGGGUGUAUGCAGCAGUUGGACACUUAAGAUGUGGUGUAAUAUAGUUGGUGUGUAUGUGUACAUAAAUUGGUUGUGCUAAUCCUCCAGAUGUUUUUAGGGACCCUAGAUCUAUGUUGUGUAACUGAUUUUGACCUCUGAGGACAAGGGUGUUUAUUUCUACCUGUGUACUAGGAGUCAUUUUAAAUGAUAACAGCGCAGUAACCAGUGCUAGUACGUCCUAGAUAGUGUUUAAUUUGCUUCAUUAUUGCCUGGGUUGUUAAAGUACAGACCACAGGUCAUGCCAGACAGUACUUCAUAGAAAGUUCCAUCUUGUGUUUUCAUCCAUCACUGUCGCUGUGACUCAUGUUUGGGGUAAAUGUCCUCUGUCACAUUUUGUGUUAAUUGUGCUGAAGAGUUCCGAUGGAAAUGGACUAGAUUGCCUUUGGCCUGUAAAGUGUGCACAUGGUUCUACACAUCCUGACUCUGCUUUAGUUUGUUUAUAAAACAUGUUUUCAGUGGUUUGAUCUUGAACAUUACAUAAAAAAAUCCCAACAAUUAAGAGCUGCAGCAUUGUUUUGGACAGAAAUUUAAGUGGCAAAUAAUUAAUUUUUAUUUUUUGAUAUAUUCUAUGUUAUAAAAUAUUUUUAGGUUUUGAACAAUAUAAAAAAACAAUGUGAUUAUUACAUUACCUAGAAGUUAGUGGACAGUUUUUCUAGUGAGAUGUGUUUUGGACCAGUGUUCUUCUAUUCGUACUAGUUGAUCUCAUUCUCUGCAACAACCUGUGUAAAGGCAAACCGUGGUUCAGAGGCAGGUUAUUGCCAUCCGCAAAUUUAAGUCUGCAGAAAAACGAGAAACUAUGCAGUUGUAUUUGAUUUCAAACAUCUGGAGUUGACCACCUGCCUGGAUAUUCACCAUUUGAUUUACUGUUGUAAGUAAGUCUGCAUGCAGUAUAAAUAUACGUUUUUAAGACAGAUGGAAUACAAGCUAUAUGUAUUGCUCUCACCACAGUGGCCUAAACUAUAAAAAGGUUCUCUAGGAGUCACAUCAUGUUUAAGGUGAUGUGUGCAUUGUUGUUUUCCAUCAUUCCUAUAGUUGUGUUUAGUUUGGUAUAGAGGUAACUAAUAACUGACUUCCCAUUCCAUUGGACCUGCCAUUGGGUGUUUGAGUCCUAAAAAAGUUGUUUUCUUUUCUGGUCUAAAACAUAUUCUAAUAAACUUCUGUACAUCCCAA